AUGAAAUCAGCGAUUGCGUUGAGUGUGGCACUUGCUGGCGUUGUGCCGGUAUGGGGUCAAUCCCUUACGGUGGAGAUGAUUGAGAAGAUGGGAAAUAAUAGCUUGUUUACGCGUUGGAGACCAUCUUCUCAUUUCCUUGCUCCGGCUGGGUGGAUGAAUGAUCCGUGUGCGCCAAUGUAUGACCCGGUUCGAGGCUUGUAUCAUUUGCACUACCAGUUCCAUCCUAACCAUGUUGCUUGGGGUAGUAAUGUCUCAUGGGGACACGCAACAUCCGCCGAUUUGAUAACCUGGACCGACAUGGAUCACCACCCCGACAAUGACAUCCCUGAUUGGAAAGAUCAGGAAAUGCAGUCAAUCGGCACGACCAACUUGACCAGCAAGCACAAUCCCCCGUUAUAUAACCAUCUCGCUAUCUUUUCCGGUAGUGCCCAACCAGUCAACUUAUCAGGUGGAAUCGACGGCACUAUCCUGGCUUUCUACACCGGAGCCUCUGAGCUCCCAACAGCGUGGGAUGAGCCAUACGCGCCCGGGACUGAGAGCCAGGCGUUAGCCUACUCUACUGACGGGGGAGUGACAUGGUCACACUACGAGAAUAACCCCAUUCUCAGCGAUACACCUGGGAACUGGAACGUCACCGGUUGGCGUGAUCCAUAUUUCGUUCCCUGGGCGCAAAUGGAUGAUGUCCUCAAUAUGACCGAGCCCCAUUACUAUGCUGUCUUUGGAUCUGGUAUUCGGGGUAUUGGGCCUCGAAUGCCCCUCUAUAGCGCCCCUGCCUCAGAUCUUACCAAUUGGACUUUCUUGGGAGCUCUCUGGGAGCCGGAGAUGAAUACUACGUUGGGUAGCUUGGAGGAGACCGGAUCCUACGGAUUCAAUUUUGAGCUCUCCAACUUCUUCUCAAUUGGGGAUCGCUACUUUGUUAGCAUGGGCGCCGAGGGCGGAAAUGUCAGCUUCCAUCAACAGAAAUGGUCAUUAUGGAACGAGGGAACUAUCUCUGUUCGCGCGAAUGGUAGUAUCGCUUUCGAUCCUGUUUCUGGUGGUGCGAGUGACUGGGGUCUUCUAUAUGCGAUUUCCUCAUUCAGCGACACCAAAAACAACCGCCGCAUCCAAUGGGGCUGGGCCCAAGAAGACAUGAACGAUUUCGGUAUAACCCAACAAGGCUACCAAGGAGCGUUUGCCUUACCCCGUGAGAUCUUCAUCAAAGACACACCAGACGUCAUUCCCAAAUCCCCUGACGCGGGACCUGGAAAUUCCCGAUUCAUCCAAAACGCAGAUGGUACCUGGAACGCGAGCACACUCGGUGUCCGCCCCGCUCCAGACGUGGUCGAGGGUCUUCGCCGUGGCACCCAACAUACGAAAUAUCCAUGCGAUGAGAGAAAGUGCGACUCUAAACAGUUUAGUGUAUCAAGCAACCUCACGAAAUCCUACCAAUUCAGCGUGAGCAUCAAACGCACCACUGGCAUCGCCGGAGUCACCAUCGGCGCAUCUCCCAACCGCGAAGAAUACACCAACAUCUACUUCGACCCCUCAUCGAACAGCGUUUCUGUGAACCGCACUCACUCUUCUCUUAUCAAUAUGUUCGCCAACAACACACAUGUGGGUUAUUUCGAGCCCUAUCAAUUCAAGAAUGGUUCUACAGAGCCCAUUGAAAUGGAUAUCUUCGUCGACGGAUCCCUGGUCGAGGUAUACGUAAAUGAUCGAUUCGCACUCACCAGUCGGAUUUAUCCUAGUCGGGAGGAUAGUAUCGGGGUUUCACUCUUCUCAGCUCCUGGGGUUGAUGUCGAGUAUUCCAAGAUUGAAGUUUGGGAUGGAUUGCUUAAUGCUUGGCCUGAUAGACCGGUGAACAGUAGUUCGCUGCUUGUUUUUGAUACGCCGGCUGAGACGGGGAAUUAUACUUGGUGGACUGGGAACUGA